AUGAGUGCAGAUGACCAUUAUAUGGACAGUAUACAGUCUACUGAUAACACCUCGUCCGAGGACUACGAGUUAUAUACUGGAGAGAGUACAACUCCAAAACAAGAGAUGAAAAGAAUGAGGCAAGAGUCUCCAAUAUACAACCAGGUGAGUGAAAAAACAGAUGACACUGUUAUAAUAAAAUGUCAACAAGUGAAACUUGCAAAUAAAAAUCCCAUUGUAAUUCAAAAACUUAUUACAGGAGCUCUAGAAUAUCCAACCAGAGCCAUCAGGGGACUAGGCAAUGGAGACCUCCUAGUAAAGUGUAUGGACACCACCCAAAAGAAAAAGUUACUCGUCUUAAAGCAGCUUGGUGAGUUUAAAAUCCAGGUCAAAACUCCGUUAACCUCUAAUAGAUCAGAGGGAGUCAUUUACGGUGUAAGCACUGAACUUUCCGAUAAAGAUCUGGUAGAGAGUCUCAGUGAAGAUGGGGUCACAAGGGCUACUCGUAUGAAGGGCCGUCAGUACGACAGUGACAAAAACAGUACCACUGUCCGACUGACCUUCAGUACAAAAGAUAUACCGGAGCGAGUAGCCGUUGGCUACAGAAUUUUUAAAGUAAAACUGUACGUUCCACCUCCACUAAGGUGUUACAAGUGUAACCGGUACGGGCAUAUAGCUGCCCGCUGUAAAGGGGCAUUACGAUGCCAGAAGUGUGGGGGGGACCACAAAGUGGCCGAUUGUAAGUCCGAGGACUUAAAAUGUGUAAACUGUGGAGGGGCACACAGUGCCGCCUACGGGGGUUGUACGGCCAGGAAAAAGGCUGUAGACAUUGUAAAAAUACAGGUGACAGAACAUUGUUCACGUCGAGAGGCGGUACAAGAAUAUAAAAAAAAAUCGUAUGCACAGUCAGUCUCCGAAAACACACCGGAAACAAUUAACCCCGUACCGUACUCCGGGGUAGCUGAUUUCAACAUCCCUAAAAGUCAGUCCCACCGUCCGUCCGUCCGUCCGUCAGUUACUGUCCCACAGGAACCUAUGGUGACAGUACCUAUCAAAAAGCUACUACAGUUAGCAGUCUCUGUCAUCGCCAAAAUCAAUGAAGGUUCUAGUUGGACAGAAAUACUUAUAUAUGUACUUAGUCAAGCUGAAACCAUAUUUGGAGUCAAGCUCGACAGCACAAUGUUACCCGAUACACUCGUGAAAUAA